AUGACUCGACCUUUGCUCGCGGUGGUUUCGAAAAGUUCGUUUUGGACCCUGAGUGUAGCUCAUGGAUCUAAGAAAUCACUUCAUCGACAAAGAAGCAGAGAUUCUGUAGUUUAUGACGUCCAUUCAAGGGAAGCUUUGAAGUCAAAGCAAGUUUACGUUUUUGGUAUCUCAGCAACUGGAGCUCUCGGUAAUCAGGAAUAUCUUGGUCUUCAUGGUAAACCUGGUGUUGGAGGUGUAUCACGGCCUACGCCUUUGAGACAUUCGUCGUCUUUAGGUGUUCCGUUAAAAGCUGCUUGUGGAUAUGGCUUCACAACAUACAUAUGUGGGGGAAAUCAUGGGGAUUUUGGCGUCUACGGCUGUGGGAUCAACAGUGACGGCCAAUUAGGAUCACAGUCGGUUGGAUUAAAAACCAAACUUCCUACAGGCAACUCAGUGAAUGUUGUUCCUGAACUGGUGAGAAUCGCUAUUCGUCUUGAUAAUACGCAAAAACAAAUAUAUCGUCCUUCUCAUGUAGCAUGUGGUCGAGCACAUACUAUUAUAUCCUAUGAAAAUUUGAAAGAGUCGAAUAGUGAUACACCUCCUCUUGUUUUCAGCCUGGGUAACAAUGUUUUUGGGCAGUGUGGAAGAGAAAUAAUUCCUGGCGAAAAGUACGAUCGUGAUAUGGAAGUUAUAACAAAAAUAGUCUUGCCACCAGAAAUAAAAUCUAUCAAACAAUUAGUUUGUGGUCAAGACCAUACCUUGUUACUCAGCUCAGAUGGUGUUGUUUAUUCCUGUGGACUUGGAUCAGAUGGUCAGACUGGUUUAGGUCAUUAUAAUGUGGUUGAUCGAUUUACUGCUGUAAAAGGUUCAUUGGUGAAUGAACGUGUUUGUUUGAUAUCGUCUCGUGGUGAUACUGUUCUUGCUCUUACUGAAUCAAAUAAAUUAUUUGCUUGGGGUAAUAAUGAAUAUGGUCAAAUAUGGCCAUUAGAUCAAGAUGUACAAGUUUCAGAACCUGUUCACUUAAAUUUAGAUCAUUGUAUUGUACCAGUAGAAUCUCAUUUAUCUUCAGAUAAUGUUCAUGUAGGUGAAAUACAAUCAAUUGCUUGUGCCGGUUCUAUGUGUUGUAUUGUUAAUAAAAUUGGACAGGUAUUCGUUUGGGGCUUUGGAUGUAUUGGAUUAGGUCCAAAGGUUACUUGUUCACCUCGUCCAACAUUGAUUCCACCUGGUUUAUUCAUACCAGCUAUCGUAAAUAGUGAAUCUUGUAUUAAUUAUGUUGUUGCUGGUCUACAUCAUUUUAUUGUUCAAAGUAAUGAUGGUUUAUUAUGGGCCUGGGGUGCUCCACGUGGUGGUUUAUAUUGUCUAGGCUUAGGUAAACAAAUUACAAGUAAUUCUGUUAAUCAAACCUACCCAGUUCCAUUACUUCUUCCAAUUAAAUCUAAAGAUGUAGUAUGUGGUGUUGAUCAUACUGUUGUGAUUGGCAAAUCAUUUGGUUAAUAUUUGCUCAUUGCUCCUUGUUCAUAUAUUAUUUAUUGUAAAUAUAUAUACAUUUCCUCACGGAACUAGUACUUUAACAACAAAAAUCCUCAUAUAUAUAUAUAUAUAUAUAUAUAUAUAUAUAUAUAUACGAUUGUACAGUUUGAUAAUAAAUAAUUGAAGAGGUCCCCAUAUAUAUACAUUGUAAUUCUACCCUUCUGUAUUACAUAACUAUUAUUCAAGAAUUGUAUGUUUGAUAGUUCAGUCUGUAUUGUAUUAUUCGCAUUACAAUUUUGUAUAAUAAAAAUACAUUGGGAAAAUAUGUUUUACUUA